AAACAAAUAAAAUAUCUGUGCUUUGGAAAGGAUAUAGACUGUAUUAACAUGCCUUCAAGAAGUAUACUUAAGAUAAUAUUUACACUUGCUUUGUCGGUUUUCAUGAAUAAAUUAGUCUUUUGUGAGGCAGACGACACGAUUCUAUUUCCAGAUCCGGAGACAUAUCCAGGGACUUUCACCAGGUUAAACCACAUUUCUCAAAGUCAUGGCCACUCAAACUAUCAAGAAAUACUCAAACUGUACUAUAGUCUCUUUUUAGACAAAGAGCUUUUCGGAAAGGCAGGAAUCAUUGGAAGUUCUAUUUUAAGUAUUUCCGCCGGAUCCAGAAAUGCUUUCGAUGGAUCGAGUGGGGCAUCUGAAAUAAAUGAUACGGAUAUUGAAGAGGCUUUGAGCAGCGAAAGGUCUCAGCGUCCAGGCAUUCCAUUUGUUGGUUCAAGUCAGAAUAAUUGUUUCGUUGACGUCCAGCGUCUUUUUAAGAACGUUAAAGAAAACGAGUGGACAUGGCCUUUUCUAGACUCAUGGGGCAAACCAGGACCGUCCAUUCUCUUGGGGCGACUUAUAUUUGUAGGGAGUUACAAGGAAUGCAGAAGUUCAAAAGCGCCCCCUCCUCUGCCGGAUGAAGGUGGCAGUGCUUUCAAGGGGAACUACUGUGUCUUGAACUUUGCGGCCAAGCCAGGACUCGGCACGAUGUCAUUGACACAAGCCUCGCUGUUUGGAUCGCUACCUCUUCAGAUUGGCUCGUGUAUGCCUGACAGUUGUACUGAAAGCGAGAUCACAGGCAUCGUCCAAGAAGGUUUGAAUUUAUUAAAUGUCUCUUCGAGUUUAGUUGCCAUGCCAACAGAAUGCCGCUCGGACCAGAGGGAGUAUACUAGUGCCACUGUAGCCUCAAUCGUUCUUUUGUCCAUCAUUUUGGCAUUACUGGUAUGCGGCACUCUUUUCGACCUUCUGGUCAUUCAACGACCGAAAUGGGCUGCCCAGGAUCAAGGUGACGACUGCGUGGACUCUGGCCUGGAGAAUGCGUUCAGUGCACAAAGCAGGUUCAACUACCUUUCUAUCCCUGACGUGGAGAGGACCAUCGAAGAGGAAGUGACGUCGCGUGACCAGGCGCCCAUGAAUGGAGACAGCCUCAGAAGCAGGGAGGAGCUAUACAACACGUCUGGGACAGUGCUGUUGAAAGAGGACGAACCAUUGCUUAGGAAAGCAAAGAUAGAGCCCAAAGCUAGCACUUGUUAUGGUGUGUUGUCCCAGAUUUUAUUGUCCUUCUCUGUAUACACCAACGGUUCUAAAGUUCUGAACACAUCACAGCCUCCUGGAUCACUGACGGCUGUCAACGGUAUUCGAUGUCUCAGCAUGUCGUGGGUGGUGCUGGCGCAUGUCUUCGACUUCGGACUUCCCACUGCAGCCAAUGUUGUUGACGAACUACCAGUCCGGUUGAGACAGUGGACUGCUGACGCCAUCUCUAACGCGUUCGUGUCUGUUGAUACUUUCUUUACGCUAAGUGGUCUAUUGGUGGCCUACUUGACAACUAAAGAGAUAUCCAAGAAAGGUUGGAAGAUCAGAUGGGGACUGUUUUACUUUCAUAGAUUUUGGAGGUUAACCCCUCCAUACAUGCUGGUACUUUUGAGUGUCCUGGGUCUGCAGAGGUUUAUGGGAUCCGGCGCCAUGUGGUCAACGGUCCAGCCAUCUGACAAGAGUGGCUGCGAAAAGAACUGGUGGACCAAUCUAUUGUACAUCAACAAUCUGGUCAACACAGAUGCAUCGUGUUUUGGUCACUCCUGGUACUUAGCUAAUGAUAUGCAAUUCUUUAUUCUGUCUCCACUGAUGCUGAUUCCAUUUUACUUUAACGUCUACGCUGGGCUCCUCAGCUGCGGGAUCUUCUUAUUAGCCCAGUGGAUCACCACCGGGGUCCUGUCUUCAGACAAUGAGUGGAGUCCAACAUUGAUCGGGCUGAACAUAAAAGUCAAGCCUGGUUCACUGGAUUAUAUGAUUCACUAUUACAUUACGCCUUACUGUCGAAUGGGUCCGUACAUUGUCGGCAUUUUAGCUGGAUAUUUUUUAGCUGUGAACAAUGGUCGAGUUCGCCUGAACAAGGUUACAGCUUUCAUCGGCUGGGCGGUAAGCAUAGCUUCCGGGCUGGCUAUUGUUUACGGUCUGCGUGGCGACGUUGGUGGAGAGAAUCCGAGCAGCGUGGGCGCUGCAGCUCUUUACAACGCCGUGGCCAGAUCGGCUUGGGGCGCUUGUGUUUGUUGGGUCAUCAUCGCUUGUUCCUCUGGUUAUGGAGGUCCUGUAAAUACUCUGUUGUCAUGGUCACCGUUUGUAGCAUUGAGUCGCCUGACGUACAUGGCCUACCUCAUACAUCCAUGUUUGUUAAAUGUUUACUAUGGAAACCAAGAGUCUCUAUACAAUCUAAACGACACCAACACAGUGGUCACGUAUCUUGGCAUCCUACUUUUCACCUACGUGGCAUCGUUCGUACUCAUGCUUGGCUUGGAGUCACCCUGGAUCGGCCUGGAAAAAGUGUUCCUUAAAAACAGCAGACGUUAACUUGAACAAAAUAUCAUCUUAUUUUAUAAUUAAAUGUAUUUAGUCUCAAUGGUAAAGUGGAAGAGUCGCUUUAUUGGAAGUCUAAAGGCAGUCUUUGCUCAUGCCUCAGUGUGGUGAUAUUAAGCAUUAUAGAUUUAAAGUAUGAGCAAUGCUUAUAAAUAGCAAGUGUCCCACAUUACGAUAUCUUAUCUUAUAAAAUACAGACGUUACUUCAAAAAAUGAUGAUGAAUGCGUCCUAGGCGUAUCACUGGGCCAAUCUAUUCAUGCAUGUUAUUCAAUAAAUUAAUUAGGUGUAUAUUCUAAUUUUUCUAAAUAAUGUUUUACGUGAAAAAAAAAGUUUUAAUCUUUUUUUUUCUCCAAUAAAUGGAAUAAAGGAAACAAAUUAGAACUCUAGUCACAUAAAAGAGGUUUUUAGUUUCAGAUGUUCUAUUGCUGGUUUCUAGCCAUGAGUCUGAAGAAUAUUUCACCAAUUGCUCAAAGGACCAUACAAAAGUUCUGACCAUGUUUUAUAUGACAUUGUUGUAAUGCCACUGUGUCAUCUAUUGUAAUUAUUGACUUCAAACUUUUGUGUGUGUGUAAGUUUUAGCUUUCCUCCAGUCUUUCAAAUAUUAGUGUUUGUAAUGUCCUUAAACUCUAAAUGUGAGUGCGUGUCAUACACAAUGGUAUUUAUGUGAAAAAAAAGGAAAUUGAUAUGUAUAUACUUGAAUAAAGUUGAGCAAACUGGUAUGAAUGACAUUUUACAUUUAAGUAUUAUUAAAAUAUUUUGUUUGUACAUGCCAAUAUACAAAAUAAUCCUCGCAGUGUUCUUUUUUCAUUAUUUGAAACUCACCAAAAACUUUUCUAGGAUGUAUAGUUAAUGUUGUAGUUAAUGUUGUAGUAUAUGUUGUAGUUAAUUUUGUAGUUAAUGUUGUUGUUAAUGUUAUAGUUAAUGUUAUAGUUAAUGUUGUUGUUAAUGUUGUUGUUAAUGUUGUAGUUAAUGUUAUAGUUAAUGCUAUAGUUAAUGUUGUAGUUAAUGUUGUUGUUAAUGUUGUUGUUAAUGUUGUAGUUAAUGUUGUAGUUAAUGUUAUAGUUAAUGUUGUAGUUAAUGUUGUAGUUAAUGUUAUAGUUAAUGUUGUAGUUAAUGUUGUAGUUAAUGUUGUAGUUAAUGUUGUAGUUAAUGUUGUAGUUAAUGUUGUAGUUAAUGUUAUAGUUAAUGUUGUAGUUAAUGUUAUAGUUAAUGUUGUAGUAAAUGUUGUAGUUAAUGUUGUAGUUAAUCUUGUAGUUAAUGUUAUAGUCAAUGUUGUUUUUAAUGUUGUAGUUAAUGUUGUAGCUAAUGUUGUAGUUAAUGUUAUAGUUAAUGUUGUAGUUAAUGUUGUAGUUAAUGUUGUAGUUAAUGUUAUAGUUAAUGUUAUAGUAAAUGUUAUAGUUAAUGUUGUAGUUAAUGUUGUAGUUAAUGUUGUAGUUAAUGUUGCAGUUAAUGUUGUAGUUAAUGUUGUUGUUAAUGUUGUUGUUAAUGUUAUAGUUAAUGUUGUAGUUAAUGUUAUAGUUAACGUUGUAGUUAUUGUUAUAGUUAAUGUUGUAGUUAAUGUUAUAGUUAAUGUUAUAAUUAAUGUUGUAGUUAAUGUUAUCGUUAAUGUUAUAGUUAAUGUUGUAGUUAAUGUUGUAAUUAAUGUUGUAGUAAAUGUUGUAGUUAAUGUUAUAGUUAAUGUUGUAGUUAAUGUUGUAGUUAAUGUUGUAGUUAAUGUUAUAGUUAAUGUUGUAGUUAAUGUUGUAGUUAAUGUUGUAGUUAAUGUUGUAGUUAAUGUUAUAGUUAAUGUUAUCGUUAAUGUUAUAGUUAAUGUUGUAGUUAAUGUUGUAAUUAAUGUUGUAGUAAAUGUUGUAGUUAAUGUUAUAGUUAAUGUUGUAGUUAAUGUUGUAGUUAAUGUUGUAGUUAAUGUUAUAGUUAAUGUUAUCGUUAAUGUUAUAGUUAAUGUUGUAGUUAAUGUUGUAAUUAAUGUUGUAGUAAAUAUUGUAGUUAAUGAUUUAGUCAAUGUUGUUUUUAAUGUUGUAGUUAAUGUUGUAGUUAAUGUUGUAGUUAAUGUUAUAGUUAAUGUUGUAGUUAAUGUUGUAGUUAAUGUUGUAGUAAAUGUAGUAGUUAAUGUUGCAGUUAAUGUUGUAGUUAAUGUUGUUGUUAAUGUUAUAGUUAAUGUUGUAGUUAAUGUUGUAGUUAAUGUUGUAGUUAAUGUAGUAGUUAAUGUUGCAGUUAAUGUUGUAGUUAAUGUUGUUGUUAAUGUUGUUGUUAAUGUUAUAGUUAAUGUUGUAGUUAAUGUUAUAGUUAACGUUGUAGUUAUUGUUAUAGUUAAUGUUGUAGUUAAUGUUGUAGUUAAUGUUAUCGUUAAUGCUAUAGUUAAUGUUGUAGUUAAUGUUGUAAUUAAUGUUGUAGUUAAUGUUGUAGUUAAUGUUGUAGUUAAUGUUGUAGUUAAUGUUGUAGUUAAUGUUGUAGUUAAUGAUGUAGGUAAAGCUGGUUUUCCAGCUACCAAACUUAUGAAAUGCUAAAACUACCUUGCAUCAAAUAAUGGAAUCCAUACCCUCACCCCUGAAUUAUAUUAGGAUCUCUCUCUCUCUCUCUCUCUCUCUUUUCUUUCUCUCUCUACCCCUCCCCCCCCCCCCCCCACGCCAAGCACUACUACACGUUACUAAAGUAGUAUAGUUAAACGCUAUUAAUUAUAAAUUCAGUAUAAAAUGAAAUUCGACUACCAAAUGAACAUUGAGCCCUGGAGAAUAAAUUAUGAGAAUAAAUGUAGAAAUAAACUAAGAUGUUCUAUCCUG